UCCCAGAGACAGUCAAAUCGGAUUCCUUUGGGAAAGGACACAAAUCACUCCCGUUUGAACAAGGAGAACAGCGAGGGAGCUGUCUCCACAAGGGUCCACGUCUCCUGGUUGAUUUCAUAUUGCUCAUUCAUGUGAUUUGAUCAGAGAAUUCUCUUUGUGGAGAAAGACAGGAAAGGAAAAAAAGAAAAGAAAAAAAUAGUCUUUGGAUGAUGACAUUUGAUCUGACCCUCAGUGAAGCCCGUUCUUGAGCCUAUUGUUUCUUAAAGUGACAUUAGACUUUUUUUUCUUACUUUUUAUUUUCUUUCUUUUUUUUUUUUUUUUCUUUUUUUUUUGCUCACGGAAGACCAAAGGGACCUCCAGUCUACUCUUGCAGUUUUUGCUUGUUUGUUUGUUUUUUAUGUUUUUUGCACGGUGUUCCCAAACCUGGAUGUUGAUCUCGCGUUUCUUUUGGCACGUCGCUCUAUUUUCUGUUUCAGAGGGGAAGCGCUAAUAGAGACAAACGCGGUGACACCUGCUCACCCAUACACUUCUCACUGUCUUUUUUAACGGAGGGAUCAAAAGAAGCAAGCACCGACUGAGACAGUGACAGGAGUCUGUUUUCAUGUUCGGGAUUCAAGACAGCAUUCAAAGGAGCGUGAGUAGUAUGAAAGAAGAGCCCAUCGGUGCCGGGAUGAACGCUGUCCGGACAUGGAUGCAGGGUGCCGGGGUGUUGGAUGCAAACACAGCCGCUCAGAGUGGAGUGGGUCUUGCUCGAGCACACUUUGAGAAGCAGCCUCCUUCAAAUCUUCGCAAAUCCAACUUCUUCCACUUCGUUUUAGCGCUAUACGACAGACAAGGACAACCCGUGGAAAUUGAAAGAACCACUUUUGUUGGAUUUGUCGAAAAAGAAAAGGAAACUACCGGAGAAAAGACAAACAAUGGGAUCCAUUACAGAUUGCAGCUUCUUUACAGCAACGGCAUCAGAACAGAACAGGACUUUUAUGUACGCCUGAUUGACUCCAUGACCAAACAGGCAAUUAUGUAUGAAGGGCAAGACAAAAACCCAGAGAUGUGCCGGGUCCUGUUGACGCACGAGAUCAUGUGCAGCCGCUGCUGUGACAAGAAAAGUUGUGGCAAUCGUAACGAGACGCCCUCAGACCCAGUCAUCAUCGACAGGUUUUUCCUGAAAUUCUUCCUCAAAUGCAACCAGAACUGCCUAAAGAAUGCAGGGAACCCACGAGACAUGCGACGAUUUCAGGUGGUGGUGUCUACGACGGUCAACGUGGACGGACAUGUCCUGGCUGUGUCUGAUAACAUGUUUGUACACAAUAACUCUAAACAUGGACGCAGAGCUCGCAGGCUGGACCCGUCUGAAGGCACUCCGUCAUACCUAGAACACGCUACUCCUUGCAUUAAGGCCAUUAGUCCCAGUGAAGGCUGGACGACAGGGGGUGCCACAGUCAUCAUCAUUGGUGAUAACUUCUUUGACGGCCUACAGGUCAUUUUUGGCACCAUGCUGGUAUGGAGUGAGCUCAUUACCCCUCACGCCAUUCGAGUGCAGACUCCUCCCAGACACAUACCCGGGGUUGUGGAGGUCACUCUGUCCUACAAAUCAAAGCAGUUCUGCAAAGGUACACCAGGCAGAUUUAUCUACACAGCACUGAACGAACCCACAAUUGACUACGGUUUCCAGCGGCUACAGAAGGUGAUCCCUAGACACCCAGGCGACCCUGAGCGUUUACCAAAGGAGGUGAUUCUGAAGAGGGCAGCAGACCUGGUGGAAGCUCUGUAUGGGAUGCCACACAAUAAUCAGGAGAUAAUUCUGAAAAGAGCAGCAGAUAUCGCAGAGGCACUCUACAACGUCCCACGUGGACACAACCAGCUGCCUGGUCUGGCCAACAGCUCCGUCCACGCUGGCAUGAUGGGAGUCAACUCCUUCCACAGCCAGCUCGCUGUCAAUGUCUCCGAGUCCACACAAGGAGCCAAUCAGGGUUUCAGUCGAAACACAAGCAGUGUGUCCCCUCACGGUUAUGUACCCAGCACGACCCCCCAGCAGAGUAGCUACAGUACCGUCUCUACCAAUAUGAACGGAUACGGCAACACAGGCAUGACCACGCUGGGAGGCUCGCCCAACUUCCUCAAUGGCUCUGCUGCCAACUCUCCUUAUGCCAUUGUUCCUUCCAGUCCCACCAUGGCCUCCUCCACCAGUCUUCCCUCCAACUGCAGCAGUUCCUCAGGCAUCUUCUCUUUCUCUCCGGCCAACAUGGUGUCUGCAGUCAAACAGAAGAGCGCUUUUGCUCCCGUCGUGCGGCCCCAGGCCUCGCCGCCCCCCACCUGCAGCAGUGCCAAUGGAAACGGCCUCCAAGUAGAUCAAUCUUUUGUGGACUCUAGCAAGUACUCCACCGCCAACUCCCUGCAGGGACUGGCCUUCUCCUGAACGAUCCCAGGGAUGAUUGUUCCUCCCAUGUAGGGGCUCCUGGGCCGCUGAAGAGACACAUUUGAUUUCAGCUCUCAUUGGAGAAUCUACGCUCUGAGCUGAAGGCAAUUUCUGGUGGAGGAGACAUGAAAACUGAACUUUUAAAACUCAGGCCUUUUAACAAAGGAAUCUCAUUUUAUGGGAAGAAAGCGAAUGUUUGCUUUUGUUUUUAAGCUCAUUUCUGGACUGCUCUACUGAAGGACUUUUCUUCCCCCCGUGUUUUGCCCAUGCAGAAAGGAGAGAUGGAUCUCCUUUUUAUUCAUUGGCUUUUUUGAUGAAUUUGAUGAAUUUUACAGACUGUAUCAAACAAACACGACACUUUAGGAGCGGGUGCAUCCCUAAUGUUUCUGAGGGCAGUUACAGGCAACAGCACAGAUCUCUGUUAAUACUGAGCAGUUUUAUAUGAACAGACACAUUCGUGAAAAAUUAAAUGAGAAUAUUUAGGCCAACUGUUUGAAUAGAGAGAAGAAGAAGGGGAGGGUGUUUUUUUUUUGUCCCAGAGUGAAGCCAACCAAUAGUUUGCCAUAAUGCCGUUUGUUUUCAUACAAAGUGAAAUUGUAGCACCAAACUCACUUCCCCAUUGUUGUUUUCUUUUUUUGUUUUUAUAACGAAGCAUCUGGGUACCAGCCGGUUUGAAUAGCUAUGAUGUAGGAAAGUUAUUUAAGAGUUAAGAAAUGCUGUCAUGCUGCAAUUUUUUAAUGUCCAGAUUCAUCCUCAAAGGGAAGGAUAAGCGUCCCUGUUUCCACAACAAAUCAGUAUUUAUGUUCAUGCAAAUAUUUGCUGCUAAAUAGAGCAUAGAUAUGAAGUAAACAGAUGGACUGAAGGAAAGAGCCCUCAGUUGCAAUGCCAUUUAAUAUAUUUUUUUUUUUUUUUACUUUGCAUUUUAUGUGUGCUCAAGGAAUGUGAGGAGUUGUUUUUGCUUUGCCUAUGGAAAAUGAAACUGUGAUGUAUCAAUUUGAAUGUGUUUGGCUUGUUGUGUUUGCUAGUGAAGGAUAUAGGUUAAAUGAAGUAUACAGUUUCAGAGCCGACUGUUAAAACAACCCUUUUUCCCCUUUUUGUGUGUUUCUUUGGCUUCUUUUGGGGGACAUGACUUGAAUUAGCAAAGAAUGUUCAUGUUUAGACAGCACUGUAUGAAAAAUGCUUUCCAAAUGUGUCAAACACCUAACAUACAGCAGUUUGAUUGGCUCACUUUGAUAGUCGUCUAUUUUUGUACAUAUACUUUCUGUUGCCAAAAUCUUUGUUUCAUUUGUAUUUAUCUCAGAAUGGCUUAAGGCAGCUCAUAAUAAAACUGAUGUUCAGUUCAUUGCAUAAAUUACAUAAAA